GGGACGCAGAUGAUGAGCUGCACAGACAACGACAUCAACCAGCACUUCCAGGACGCCAUCGACGUCAUCCAGCAGCACUCCAGCCACGCCUACUAUGACUCCUACCCCUGCUGUCUGGCCUCCCACCCAGCCGACGCCCCACCGCCCUCGUACGAGUGGCACGAGGCGGCGGGCUCCUGGGCUCACUGGCUCCCCGACACCCCGGCGGCUCACUCGGUGCAGACAGAGUCGCCCCGCUACUUCUCCGUCAUCUCCUCGCCCAGAAGCAGCAAAGGUCGGAAGAAGCUGCGACUCUACGAGUACCUGCACGAGGCCCUGAACGACCCCAACAUGAGCGACUCCAUCCAGUGGACGGACAGCGGCAGCGGCAUCUUUCACUUCAUCUCCAAGAACAAGGAGAAGCUGGCCGAGUGUUGGGGUCAACGCAAGGGCAACCGCAAGACCAUGACCUACCAGAAGAUGGCGCGGGCCCUGCGGAACUACAGCCGCACCGGCGAGAUCAUCAAGGUGCGCCGCAAGCUCACUUACCAGUUCAACGCCGAGAUCCUGCACCGGCUGGGCUCCGGCGGGGGAGCGGCGGCAGCGGCGCUGUCCUACCCAGCCGCCCAAGAGGAGGCACACCCGCUGCAAGAGAGCCCGGCUCAGCACGGCUACUGUGGGUCGGCAGGUCCGGACUGGCACAGCUGGUACAGCCACUACCAGCUGCAGGAGGACUACGACCUGGCCACCAGCUUCACCACCACCAAGCUGUGAGGAGACGCCUGUGCCGAAGGGAGGAGACGUGUCUGUUAGAAACUGUGUCAUUGUUGUCGUGGUACUGUCACCUUUUAACUGUCUAUCUGUGUCUGUCUGUACGCCUCUUGCCUCUGAGAGAUGAGAGAUUGUUCCUGUGUCGCUUCAAGCUUCUCCAUGUUCAGAGCCACCUCCAGAGUGAGGAGAUGGAGCUUGAACUGCCACUGACAGAAGCUUGCUGCUCCAUUGAGGAGUCAUUCAGGUUGAACACUUCUUCAUUGCAGUUCUGCAUGUUCCUGACAGAGGAGGAAGAGUGCUGGUGAUGGGGAGGGACAUGGGUUUGUCUCUCCUGCAGACCGCUCUGGAGCUGGAGCACCCAGGUCCAUCAUGAGCCUCUGUUUAAACACCACUGGUGAAACCUCCCUCGGUGUCGUGUGUGCAGUCCAUGUGUCCCGGGGCUCACACUGCUUCUGCUUUUCAAAAGUCCUGAGCGUUUGGAGCAGCAACCAACAUGAACUCAAGUCAGGGAGGGACAUCCUCUCCCCUGAAGAUGAAGGUGCUUCUUCCAGCUGCAGCAGGUUCCACCCAGCUCUGUCUUCACAGCCGUGACAGGAGACAUCUCCAACCUCUGGUCCUGGAUCUGAACUUUGAUGUCAGAAUCUGUCCAUCAUCUUCCUCUGGAGCUGCUGUCACUCAGGUGAAGACCUGAUUCCGCCAUGCAGUGAAGCACCAGCUAACUCCUCUUGGAGGAAUGAGGACCAUCAUGUGAAGUGAGAAGCAGACAACACCUCCACAGAAGCGCCUCACUUCAGAGUCUCAGUCGAGAGUCAGAGUGAUGUUACGCGUUUCCAGCUGAGGUGUCGGCCAUUUUUGUAGUCCUUGUUACGAGGUAGAACAGAUCUUUCCAGUGAGACGGCCAUUUUGAAAACUUGUUAAA